AUGCUAUUAGGCCCAAAUUGUUACAUUCCACAAGAAGUUGCAGUAGGCCCUUACCAUUAUUGGCGUCCCGAGUUCUAUGAAAUGCAGAGAUAUAACCUCGCAGCUGCACAAAGAACCCAGAAACAACCCAAAAACCUCAGGUUUCAUCAACUUGUUGAAAAGCUCAUAAAGUAUGGGCCUAAGACUCGUGCUUAUUACCACAUGUACCUAGAUUUCAAUGGCGAAACGUUGGCUUGGAUGAUGGCCGUUGAUGCUUCAUUCUUGCUUGAAUUUCUUCAAAUCUUUGCAAUCAAAGAAGGUAACAAAAAGGCACUAACCAGUGUCUCAUCAAGAAUGUCACAUUUGCUUGAUAUUGCAGGGGCAAAAUCUGCACACAACGCCCUUCUCAGAGAUAUGCUCUCUCCAUUCAAGAUGAUGGAGGAAGAACACCCACAUAUUCGAGUUUGGGAGCAUGUUCACUUGCUAGACGUUUUGUACAGUUCAAUCGUGCCGGAAUUGCAAGAACCAUCGGAAAUAACUGAAGUCAAGGAAGAGAGAGAAAAGGAAGGUGAAGAUAAAGAAAACGUUAAGCCAGUAAAUGACAAUACUAGUUUGAAUAGCACUGGAAAACCUCCAUUGGUGGAGGAGAUUUCAAUCCCUUCUGUCACAGAACUCUCCAAAGCUGGUGUGAAAUUUUCACCCACUAAUGGUGGCAUUUUAAAUUUAGGGUUUUAUUGUAAAACUUUUACGUUGUACCUACCCACCAUUAAUAUCGAUGUUAAUACAGAGGUGAUCUUGAGAAACUUGGUUGCUUAUGAAGCCUGUAAUGCAUCUGGACCGUUGGCUCUCACUCGUUACACAGAAUUGAUGAAUGGGAUUAUUGAUACGGCGGAGGAUGCUAAAUUACUCAGACAGAGAGGGAUUAUUGUGAAUCGUUUGAAGAAUGAUGAAGAGGUGGCCAACCUGUGGAAUGGGAUGAGUAGGUCUAUGAGAUUGACGAAAGUGCCCUUCUUGGAUAAAGUGAUUGAGGAUGUGAACAAUUAUCAUGACAGUAAAUUGAAGGUUAAAGCUGGGAAAUUCAUGAAGGCUUAUGUGUUUCAGUCAUGGAAGUUUCUCUCACUGUUUGCUGCUAUUCUGCUCUUGUUGUUGGUGACUUUCAAAGCAUUUUGCUCUGUGUAUAGCUGUUCUCGAAUCACUCAUGAACAUCUGCAGUGA